AUGGAUUUGCGUUCUCUCUCCAGUGUCACUUGGGAAGUGCAACGCUUUGAUGGUUGGUAUAAUAAUUUGGCCCAUCACAACAGAGGGGCUGCAGGUUCUCCUCUCAUGCGCCUCCUGCCUGCACGUUAUUCCGAUGGAGUGUAUCAGCCUCUCCACGAGCCCCAGUUACCCAAUGCACGCGAGGUCAGCAAUGUUGCCAUGAGUGGCCCUUCUGGUUUGCCCUCCAUGCGGAACAGGACUGUGCUCUCUGUAUUUUUUGGUUACCAUGCUGUGUUUGAGAUUGUCGACUCCAGACGUUCUGGCUGCCCUCCGGAGUUCAUGCACAUUCCGGUUCCGAAAGGUGAUCCCGUUUUCGACCCCAAUGCUACUGGACAAACCCUGCUUCCGUUCCAGCGUGGCCAGUGGACCAAAGACAGCAGCCAAAGCCCCAACAACCCCCGCACACAGGUAAACCAUGUGACCACCUGGAUCGACGGGAGCUCCAUCUACGGCUCGUCCAGUUCCUGGUGCGAUGCUCUGCGGAGUUUCUCCGGGGGGCUCCUGGCCAUGACACCCCUGCAGAACCUGCCCAGGCAGACGGACAGUCUCUACUUCAUGUGGAGCCCCGCGGACCCCUCUACUGGACAGCACGGGCGGCAGGGACUCUAUGAGUUUGGGAAUGCCAGGGGCAAUGAGAAUGUGUUCACGGUGGCAGAGGGGAUUAUAUGGUUUAGAUACCACAAUUACCUGGCAUCCAAGCUGCAAGUACAACACCCAUCGUGGUCAGAUGAAGAACUGUUUCAAAACUCCAGGAAAAGGGUUAUUGCUACAUUCCAGAAUAUUGUAUUUUAUGAAUGGCUGCCAGGGUACCUGGGGAGUGAGGCUGUACCUUCAUACUCAGGAUACCAGAAAUAUGUGGAUCCUGGGAUCUCUCCAGAGUUUCAGGCAGCUGCCAUGAGGUUUGGAUCCACUAUGGUUCCCCCUGGUGUUUACAUGAGGAACAGGACCUGCCAUUAUCGGCGCAUUAUCAACAUGGACGGGAGCACAGCUCCUGCCCUGCGUGUGUGCAACAGCUUCUGGAACAGGAAGAACCCAAACCUGCAGGAGAGCCUGGAUGUGGAUGAGCUCAUUAUGGGCAUGGCCUCUCAGAUUGCAGAGCGAGAAGACAACAUCAUUGUGGAAGAUUUAAGAGAUUACAUGUACGGUCCUUUGAGGUUCUCCCGCUCUGACCUGGUGGCUCUGACCAUCCAGAGGGGCAGGGACUCUGGUCUGCCCAGCUACAACCAGGCCCGCAUUGCAUUCAACCUAGAGCCAGUCAGCACCUGGGAGCAUAUCAACUCUCAUCUAAACAGAACUAACCCAAAGUUGUUCCAGGAUCUGGCUGCACUCUAUGGUAAUGACAUCUCCAAACUGGAGCUGUUCCCAGGGGGCCUCCUGGAGUCCUGGGGGGGCCCGGGGCCACUGUUCUCCUCCAUCAUUCUCGACCAGUUUCAGCGCAUCAGGAACGCAGACCGCUUUUGGUUCGAGAACAUCCAAAAUGGUUUGUUCACAUCUGAGGAGAUUGUAGCCAUCCGUAAUACGACCUUCCAUGAUGUGCUAAUUGCUGUUACCAGUGCGGAACCAGGGGACAUCCAGAAGAAGGUUUUCCAGUGGGAAGAUGGUGACCCCUGUCGACAGCCUCAGCAGAUAGAUGUUACACACCUCUUCCCCUGCACCAACGCCACCACCCUCGACUACUUUGACGGCAGCCAGGCCGGAUUCGGGAUCACGAUUGCGGCCUUGUUACUCCUGCCUUUCGUGUGUUUUCUCCUUGCUUAUCUGGUGGCCUAUUUCCGGAAGUCCAAGUUCAGGAGGUUUGAGAAGAUGCAGAAGGCCGUGGAUAGCACAAAGGAGCUGGCUGUGGGGAGAACAGCCUGUGAGUGGCAGGGCCCUAAAGAGGCCCUGCGGCCUGUAGCACUGGAUCUGGACUCAGAGAAGAGGCUGCAGGUCAUGGACGCCGGAGGCACCAUCCUCCGCACCCUCCACCUGGGAGGCCAGGGCCAGCUGGACAUCGUGCUCUCCAACAACCUCCAUCACCGGGCCCUGCUGCUCAAAGUGCCCAAAGAGUAUGACCUGGUGCUGUUUUUCGAGGACGAGAGCAGACGCACUGAGUUUGUGGGACACGUGCGGUCGGACGAGGGGCUGGGUGUGGUGGUGCGGGAGCUGAGGGAAAAGGAGCUGUUGAAGGAGGCUGUGACCCGGGACCAGCGGGCCCAGAUCGUGGAGACCUUCUUCAGGCAUGCAUUCGCACAGGUCCUGGAGAUAGAGAGGAGUGAUGCGGGGGAUCUGAGCGCUGUGCCCAGCAGUAAGACCAGGGAAGCUCUCCAGUGUGAGCUCACGGGUGCUGAGCUGGCUAAUGCCUUGGGCCUGAAGCCUGACUCGCUCUUUGUGGACUCCAUGUUCACUCUGGCUGACAAGGACGGCAACGGCUACCUCUCCUUCCAGGAGUUCCUGGAUGUCAUCGCCAUCUUCAUGAAAGGUUCCCCAGAGGAAAAGUCCAAGCUUCUAUUCACCAUGCAUGACAUUAAUGGAGAUGGCUUCUUAUCCAAAGAGGAAUUUUCAACAUUACUGAGGUCCUUCAUGGAAAUCUCCAGCAGCUGCCUCUCCAAGAGCCAGGCGGAUAAGGCCAUCGAGGCCAUGCUGCAAGCUGCCGGCUUCGACAACAAGGAACACAUCACCUGGGAGGACUUCCACUUCCUGCUGCGUGACCACGAGAAGGAGCUGCAGUUCGCCCAACUCAACGUCAAAGGUAUGGAGAUGCAGGGCAGAAGACGACCUCAAAGGAGCCAGCGUGUGUCCUUCAUCACCACAGGAACCGACACGGACAGUAAUUUGACCCAUGACAGUGUGAAGAAAGAGGGGCAAGAUCUGCGUCGAAGAUUACAGAAAAAGGCAGGGCUCAGCAGCCCACACGUGUACGUGAAGCCCCGGAGAGAGAGGUACACCAGGAGCCGUCUGCAGCAGAGGGUCCAACAGUUCAAGCGUUUUGUGGAAAACUACCGCCGCCACAUGGUCUGCUUGGCCAUCAUAUGUGGGAUCUCCGCGGGCGUCACUCUGGAGAGAUGCUACUAUUACGGUUUACAGGCGGUGGCGACUGGCAUCCCGGAGAGCACAGCGGUGGGCAUCAUUGUCUCCCGCGGUUCUGCGGCCGCCAUCUCCUUCCUGUUCCCCUACAUGCUGCUGACCGUCUGCCGCAACCUCAUCACGCUGGGCCGCGAGACCUUCCUCAACCGCUACAUCCCCUUCGACGCCGCCAUCGACCUCCACCGCUGGAUGGCCAUGGUCGCCAUCUUCCUCACAGUUGUUCACGCUCUGGGUCACGCGGUCAACGUUUAUGUCUUCUCUGUCAGCGAUCUCAGCAUCCUUGCCUGUCUAUUUCCCAGAGUGUUUUUCAAUGACGGGUCUGAACUUCCACAGAAGUGGUCCUGGUGGUUCUUUGAGACAGUUCCAGGCAUGACCGGUGUUUUGUUGCUCAUCGUCUUGGCCGUCAUGUACGUCUUCGCCUCACGCUACUUUCGCCGCAUCAGUUUCCGUGGGUUCUGGAUCACCCACUACCUCUACGUGAUUGUCUUCACUUUGACUGUCAUCCACGGCAGCUUCGCGCUCAUCCAGCAGCCUCGGUUCUACAUCUACCUGAUCCCCCCCGCCAUCCUCUUCCUCCUGGACAAGCUCAUCAGCCUCAGCAGGAAGAAGGUGGAGAUCCCUGUGGUCAGAGCCGAGCUGCUGCCCUCAGGUGUGACCUACCUGGAAUUUAAGCGUCCUCAGGGCUUUGUGUACCGGUCGGGACAGUGGGUGCGGAUAGCGUGCCUGGCCCUGGGCACGGAUGAGUAUCACCCCUUCACGCUGACCUCGGCCCCCCAUGAGAAGAACCUGGGCCUGCACAUCCGAGCGGUGGGACCCUGGACCACCCAGCUGCGGGAGCUCUACACCCCCGAUGUGCUGAAGCAGCUCGGGGAGAACCCAAAGCUGUAUUUGGACGGGCCGUUUGGGGAGGGGCACCAGGAGUGGAAGAGCUUUGAGGUGUCCGUGCUGGUGGGCGGUGGGAUCGGGGUCACCCCGUUUGCCUCCAUCCUCAAGGACCUGGUGUUCAAGUCCUCCGUGAAGUUCAGAGUUCAGUGCAAAAAAGUGUACUUCAUCUGGGUGACUCGGACUCAGAAGCAGUUUGAGUGGGUAUCUGACAUCAUCAGGGAGGUGGAAGAGCAGGACUCACAGGAGCUGGUCUCUGUCCACAUCUACAUCACACAGCUGGCUGAGAAGUUCGACUUACGGACCACCAUGCUGUACGUGUGUGAGCGCCACUUCCAGAAAGUGUGCAACCGGAGUCUGUUCACUGGCUUGCGCUCCGUAACCCACUUUGGGCGACCCCCGUUCCUAGCCUUCCUCAGCUCUCUUCAGGAGGUCCAUCCCGAGGUGGGCAAAAUCGGGGUCUUCAGCUGUGGCCCCCCGGGCCUGACGAAGAAUGUGGAGCAAGCCUGCAAGCAGAUGAACAAACGUGACCAGACUCACUUUAUCCACCACUUUGAGAAUUUUUAACUUCGCAACAGACCAGGCUGUACGUGGCCACCAUUUUACUGUGAAGGAAUAUGCUCCAAAGAAGGAAACCAUGGAAACGCUAAUGUGGACUUUGUCUAGCAUGACUUCAGAAUGUAAGCUCCACAUCACUGAAGUACAAUCCAUGUGCAUUAAAGAUAAUACAAUGUGAAAUUUUGCCUAAAAUGAAAUAAUAGGACAUUUUGUAGUUUUUAAUAUGAACACAAUGAGUGUUAUUUAUCAAUCAUAUUAAUAUAAUUUCAGAAUGGGCAGUUGUUAACAAAUUGAUUUAUUUUGUGUUGAUCAAAUCUCAAGAGUAUGCUUGAACAAUAAAACACUGUCGCAAAUCUGUUGUACAUUA